UUUUUAUAUAAACAUAUGUAAAAAAAAAAAGCCUUGAAAAAAAAAAAGAGACAGUAUUAUAAAUCAGCUGAUUUCAAUCAAUGGGAACGUCCAAUAGCCUGAAAAUAUGGAAAGACAUUUGUGUUAUCAUAAAGUGUAUUUAGACAAAUAAUUUUAAUCUAAUAAAAAACAACAAUAAACAUUGGAGGGGUUAAAAUAUAUACUUGUUAAAAAGAAAAAGUGCAAUUACAUUUUGUGCAAUUUAACAUCUGAAAAUAACAUAAAACAGCUGGAACACCGUUAACAUUGUAUUGAGUCGUCAUUAAAGUUUGUAUUUUUUUUUUUUUUUUUUAUUUAUGUUUAGUAUAUCAUUGUUCCAACAGCACUGGCACGUGCAUCUUAAUAAUUAUUUUUUUUCAUACAAUGAAAUAUACCUAUCAACAAAAUAUUUACCUUUUUUUUUUGAAAAUUAAUUUGUGAUUAUUUAUAUUUAAAAAAGCAUCAAACGUAGUUUUCAUCAACAGUGAAUACAAUAACAAAAAAAAAAUAAAAAAAGAGAAUAUAUUUACAUGAAAAAAGAAGUGAAAAAAAAACAAAUUAAUAUUAAAUGUCCAAGACAAAGGAUUGUUGAUCAAGUAAAUAAAUAAUUAAAUGAAAAUAAAUAAUUAGAAAUGUCGUGGCUCGUUUGUUUUCCCUGGUCGGAGGGAAUUAAAAAAAGAGCAUGUAGAUAUUUACUCCAACGUUAUCUUGGACAAUUUUUGGAAGAAAAAUUAACACUUGAUCAACUCACUGUUGAUCUUUACAAUGGAACUGGUCGUGUUACAAAUGUUAGCCUUGAUGUUCAGGCACUCAAUGAAAUGGGUGAACAACAACAUUUACCACUUGAAUUUGUUGAUGGUUUUAUAUCUGAAAUGUCAGUUAGUAUACCAUGGUCAGCAUUAUUAAGUGAAGCAAGUUAUGUUGAGGUAAAAGGACUUAAAUUAACAGUACAACCAAGACAAAGAAGUGAAGCUGGUACAUCAAUGUUUGAAUCAAUGUGGAGCUCAAUGACAUCUAGCAUGCAACUUGCACAAGAAUGUCUACAACAAGAUGCUAAUAAUGCUGGUAAUUCACAGCCACUUGAAGGAGUUGAAUUAUUUGCACAAACAAUUGAUUCAAUACUGUGUCGAGUUAAAGUGAGAUUUUUAGACACAGUUAUUCGUCUUGAGCAUGUACCACUUGAUUCGAAAACAGGUGUUGCUCUAGAAAUGUGUAUUAAAAAUUUAGAAUAUUCAGAUGAAGCUGGUUCAGAUCCAACAAAUGUUAAUAUUGAUGGCAAUAAACCAACAAAAGGAUAUGUUAUAUCAGCAUUUACAACAAAAAAAUUUUAUCUCGAAGGUGUUACAUUUAAUACUGAUGAAUUUCCAUCACGUGCACGUACAUUUUCACGUAGUGUUAUGACAAUGAGUAGAUCAUCAUCAACACCAGAUUUAAAAAACAAUGAUAAUAAUCAAUCAUCAUCAUCACCAUCAUCACCCGGGGAUGGUAAUAAUAAAAGCAAUAAUAUAUUUAAUAAUAUAUUUCAAUCAAAUCCAAUAAUAUGUGGUAAACUAACUGGACGUCAAGAGUUAAGAUUAAAAUUAAAACAAGGUGAAGGUAUACUUGGUCCAAAAGUCGAGCUAGAAAUGACAUUUGGAUCAUUUAUAUUAUUUCUAAGUCCAAGACAAGUACAUGUAUUGAUUGAACUAUGUCAUGGUUUAUCAUCACCAGAUAUUGAAGAUAUGAGUAAUGUACCACCACGUACAUGUCAUGAAAAACCAAUGGCAAGUUGUGAUUUUAGUCGUGUUGAACGUGAAUUAAUACAACAAUUAAAUAAUGAUAAUAAAAAUUCUAAAACACAAGAUUUACGUAAUACACAAGGUUGGUCAACAGCAUCAUUUGAUGAUUCAGAUAAUGAAGAAGAAUUUUUACCAAUGCGUUUACCUGGUACUAUGUCAGAUUCAAUGAGUACAAAUAAUAUUAGUAUGGAUGGUUCAGCAAGUAGUAUAAGUUCAAAAUCAUCAAUAACAACAACAGCAACAUCAACAACAACUGGACCAAUUGGUACAUCAACAAAAACAACAAAUUUUAAUAAAAAAUUAAAUAAAAAAUAUCGUCAAAAUAUUGAUAAUGAUCCAACAACUGAAACAUCACAAUUUCACAUACGUGUAUCAUCAAUUGCAAUAAUUCUAUUACAUGAAGAUGUACUAACAACUGAUAUUGAAUCAUAUGGUUUAACAGUAACAAGUACAAAACAAAUGAAAAUAAUAUCAAAUAAUUUUUUUAAUAACAUUGGUAUAUUUGAUGGUGAUGGUUGUACACUAUCAAAUGCAUGUAAAUUAAGUCACAUACGUUUACUAGCAGCACCAUUAAUUAUUGAAGGUAGUGAAAAAACAACUCAACAUAUAUCAUCAAUAAAUGGUACAUUAACAAUUGCUAAUUUUGAAAUAACAGAGUGUUUAAUUGAUGCAAGUACAGAUGAUAAUGAUGAUAAUAUUAAAAUUGAAUAUAUAAAUUUAAUAAAAUUUAAAAAAUUAAAUGAAAAUCCAUGUUUAAAAAAUAAAAUUGAUUUUUUUAUGAGAUUUAAAUAUACAGAAAAAGCAAUAAAACAUGGACAAAUGACAAAAUUUACACAUCCACGAACAGAUAUUGAUAUUAAAAUUGAAGAAUGUAUUAGUGAAUUUGAUAUAACAAUAAUUGAUAGAAUAUCAGCCUUGUUAAAUGCCCAAAAAAUAUGUGUUAGUAAUAAUUAUAGUGGAAUAAAAGAUACAUGGAAUCAACAAACUGUAUUUUAUCAAGCAGUUGAUACACAAAUAUUAUCUGAUUCACGUAUUGAUAUUAAAAUAAAUGGUAAUAAAUUGUUAAUAAAUGUUAGAUUUCCAAUACCAGAUUUACGUCCAUUACAUGAUAUGAAUCGUUCACCAUGGUGGACACGUACUGUACGUAAUGAUUUUAUAACAUUAACAAUGCAUGAUAUACAAAUAAAUACAAUAAUUGAAAGUCGUUCAAGUUAUAAAUCAAAACAUGAUAUACAAUGUCGUCAAUUAUUAUUAACAUACAAUGAAUUGGACAAUGAUAUACCAAUUGAAAUUGGUAAAUCACAAGUUGAUGAAAAACAAGAUUAUUCAUCAAUAAAUAAUAACAGUAAUAAUAGUAAUGAAUGUUUUAAUUGGCCAAGAAUGUCAAUAGUAAUAUAUCCUCAACAUUUUGGUGGACCACUUGAGGAUAGUUCAGAGGAUGAGCCUGGUUCAAGUUUAGAUGAUACAUUAAAUAAUCCAAGACAUCAACCAUCACCAUUUAGUUCAAAACGUGUUAUUCAUGAAUCAGAUACACCACAUUGUGAAACACAAUCACAAACAAAUAAUAAAAAUAAACAAAAUACAAGCAAUGAACAAGAACAUCAUCGUGAAGGUGAAGAACUUGUUAUACCAGGUAAUCGUCAAGAAAUGACUGAAUUUAUUGAUGACAGUACACACAGUGCUAAAAUACAAAUUGAUAUUAAUUUACCAUGUUUAUCAAUACAAAUACCAUCAAAACAUGUUUAUGAACAAUUAUAUAAUCGUAUUAAUACUGAUUUAUUUUUAUGGGAACCAUCAGCACCACAUACUAAGUAUAAUCAAACAAAUGAUAUUUAUAAUAAUUAUGAUUUAUCAACAACACUAUUACAAGAAUCAAUAUAUCCAAAAUUUAGUAUGUGUAAAAGUGGUAUACAUUGUGGUGAUUCAGAUAUUGAUUCAGAUGAUAAUGAUGAUGAUGAUGAUAAUGCAACAAGUGGUAUUGGAAAUAGUGGUAUUUAUCAUUCAACUGGUGAUAAAAGUUUUCAUUAUCAAAUGUCAUCAUCUACAAAUAAAAAAAAGUUAUAUAAUAAUACAAAUAAUAUAAAUAAAAAUGGACAAAGUAAAAUGUCAUUAACAAUAAAUAUUGGACAAGGUAUAUUAAGUUUAUAUACACCAGUACGUGAUUGUAUGUCAAAUGUUAUACCUGGACAACAAGGUGAAUUAAUAUUUAAAAUUGAUGAUGGUACAAUAUUUAUUAUAAAUUCAUAUAAAGGUGAUACAAAUUUGGGUUAUAUAUGUACAAUGAUUAAAACAUUAUCAUUAAAUCAUUGUGGUUUAACAACAAUACCAUCACAAAUACCACCAUUAAGAUCAAUAAAUAGUGUUACACCACGUUAUUGUAAAAAAUUAAUUUAUCAAUGUGAUAAUAAUGUACUUGAUGCUAUUGGUGGUAAUCCAGAUAAUGAUAUGUUAUCAAUUGCAAUUAAAAUACAAUCAUCACAUCAAACACAUAAUAUUAAAACAUUUAAAAUUGCAAUUGGUAUUAAAAAUUCAUCUCUACGUCAUCGUAUGACAACAUCACAAACAUCAUGGUUUACACAAUUAACUGAUUGUCUUGAUGUUAUUGAUCAUCCAAUUGCUGGUUAUUCACCACCAGGUAUAUUAACAACAUUACAUUUACAUUUAUGGAAUUGUUAUGUUGAUUAUCGUCCAAUAUAUUUACCACUACGUACAAUAAUAACAAUUGGUAGUUUUAGUGUAUCAAGUAAUAUUGCUGCUAAAACAAAUACAUCAACAUUACGUUUUAUUGCUGAAGAUAUUGGACUAUUAUUGAGUGAUAAAAUUGGCAAUAAUAUUGAUAUUAAAAAUGAUUAUAUAUGUGUUAUGGAUUUGGGAUUAUUUGAAUUAUCAUUAAGGCUAAAUGAUAAAAUGUAUGGUGGUACACCGAGAAUUGAUUUACGUGCUAGUAAUAAUAUACUUAAUAUUAGAACAUGCUCGGAUUCUGGACGUGCGUUGACACAAUUAUUAACGUAUUUUGCAAAUGAUGGGGAUUUAAUAACAAAUACAACAAGUACUGAUAGCAUUGCAAUACCAAAUUCUGGUGAUGAUGAAAGUUUACUUGGUGAUGAUAGUAUCAAUACAUUAAGUAAAAGUCAAGAAGAAAGAGUCAAUUGUUUAAUGGAAGAAGCUAUGGAAGAUACUAUAAAUAAAAAAGAUAUACAAUUAAAUAUUGAUAAACAAAAUAUUAUAAUUAAUGAUGAAGAAGAAAAAGUUGAAGUAUUUUUCUUUCCUGAUGAAUCAAAUCCAUUAAUUAAAGAUAAAAAAACGGAAAAAAAUGAAAAUAAACAUCAUUAUAAUGAUAAUGUUAAUGUUGAUGUUAAUGUUGGUGCUAAUGUUGAUGUUGAUGUUGAUGAAGAUGAUGAUGGCAAAUUAAGAAUUAGUAAUAAUAAAAAAUUAAAAUGUUCAAUACCGCAGAAAAUAAAUGAAUCAGAUGAUACUGAUGAAGAUUUUUGUAUUCUUGGUGAAGAAGCUGGUGCUGGAAUAAUGCCACGACAUGGUGUACCAGAAAUACGUUGGUUAUCACAAGAUUAUUUACGUGUUAUUGAUAAUCAUUUUUCUGUACCAUUUGGUAAAACAGAUUUAUUAAAAGCUCCUAAAAAUUAUCCACCAGCAAUUUUACGUUAUACAUUAUGUGAAAUGACAUUAAUUUGGCAUAUGUAUGGUGGUAAAGAUUUUGAUAAUAAAAAAACAACAAUAAAUCAACAACAACAUAAAAAAAAACACGUUACAAUUGAUGAACAAAAUAAAAUUGAUAAUAAUAAUGCAACAUUUAAAGGAAAAAAUAAGUCAAGUGUUGGUUUUAGUAAGUUAAAUCCAAAUGAAGUACGUUUUGGUAAUUUUAUAAAUUCAUCAAAUAAUAAAAUUAAAUCACCACGUGAUUGGUAUGCCAUUGGUGGUCCAGGACGUCAGCAUGAUGUAUUGAUGGAAUUACAAUUAAAUAAAGUAAAAUUUCAACAUGAAACAUAUCCAGAUAAUACACCAGAAGCAUCACGACAAGUAUUGUUAAUAAGUGAAAUUGAAAUACGUGAUAGACUAGCAUCAUCACAUAUUAAUAAAUUUUUAUAUCAAUAUAGUAGUGAAGCAAGACCACGUCAAACACAUGCAAAUAUGUUUGCAAUGAAAGCCGUACAUAUUAGACCAGAUCAAAAAUUAAAUACCCAAGAAUGUUGUUUAAAGCUGAGUCUAUUACCAUUACGUCUUAACAUUGAUCAAGAUAGUUUAUUAUUUUUAAUUGAUUUUUUUAAUGAAUUAGCUGGUAAUUUAAAAAAUAUAUCAAAUGAUAAUAUAACAAAUAUAACAAAUAACAUACAAUCAUCAUCACCAGCAUCAAAACAAGGCACACCAACACAUCAUCCACCAGUUAUGAGUGUUAAUGAUAAUGAUGAUAAUAAUAAUAAUAAUUCUAGUAAUACAAAUGAUGAUUCAUUUAAUAAUUCAACAACAAGUAUGAAUGAUAAUGAUAUUGUUAAUCAAAAUUUAUUAAUAUUAUUAGAGGAUGAAUUAACAAUAAAAGAAAAUAAAAUUAAAAUUAAAACAACAUGUGGACAACAAGAUGACAGUCAACCAAUAUAUUUUAGAAGUGUUAUAUUUUCACCAGAGGUAUUGGUUAGAUUAGAUUAUCAUGGUAAACGUGUUGAUUUAUCACAUGGUCCAUUAGCUGGUUUAUUAAUGGGUUUAGGACAAUUAAAUUGUUCAGAAUUGAGAUUAAAAAGACUUACACAUCGUCAUGGUUUACUUGGUUUUGAUAAAUUAAUGGCAUUUAUGCUAUCUGAAUGGUUACAAGAUAUUAAAAAAAAUCAAUUACCAAGUCUUCUUGGUGGUGUUGGACCAAUGCAUUCAUUGGUACAAUUGUUUCAGGGAAUUCGUGAUUUAUUUUGGAUGCCAAUUGAACAAUAUCAAAAAGAUGGUAGAAUUGUACGUGGUUUACAACGUGGUGCAAAUAGUUUUACAACAUCAACAGCAAUGGCAGCAUUAGAAUUAACAUCAAGAAUUGUACAUGCAAUUCAAACAACUGCUGAAACAGCAUAUGAUAUGGUUAGUCCUGGUCCAAGUGUAAGAAGAAAAAAUAAAGGACAAAAAGGUAGAAGAAAACGUUACAGUCAACCAUUGGAUAUUCGUGAAGGAAUGGCCAAUGCCUAUAUGCUAGUCAAAGAAGGUUUAGGUGAAACAGCAAAUCAAUUGGUACGAGUUGCAAGUGAAGAACAUGAACAAAAAGGUGUUAGUGGUGCUGUUGGUGGUGUAUUACGUCAAAUACCACCAACAGUUGUUAAACCAAUAAUUCUUGCAACAGAAGCUACGAGUAAUGUACUUGGUGGUAUGAGAUCACAAUUGGUGCCGGAUGCUAGACGUGAAGCUGCCCAAAAAUGGCGACAAGAUCCACGUGAUGUCAACUAGUGACAAUGUUAAUAUUAAUCACUUAAAUUUACAUUUAAAAAAUACAUAUUAAUUAUAACAAAAAAAAGAAAUAAUUAUCCCAGUUAUUUAAGUCGUUAUAAUUACAAAGAAAAAUUAAUUACUUAUGGGAUUUUAAAUGAUUUUUUUCCCAGUGAAAAAUAAAAAAUUAUCUUGCGCAAAAGCUAAACACACAAAUUAUUAUAUUAUUAUUAAUAAAACGAAUGAAUAUUGUUAAUUAAAUAUUUAAAUUAUCGAUAAAAAAAUUAACGUUAAUUUUUCGAAUACAAAAUUUUUGUUCAUAACGAGUUCGAUUCUUUCAUAAAUAUUUUUCAUACAAAAAUACAAAGAAAAAAAUACAAAUAAAUUACUAAUUGGCGUGAUUUUAAUGUCAGUAUAAUUUACAUGCCAUAAUUUACACUUAAUUAUAAUUAAUUAAUAAUUAUAAAUGAUGAAAGAAAAAAAAAAAAAACAUUUAAAAAUAAAAAUUCAAUCUGGUGCAGCUGUGGAACUAUCGGUUUUAAUAACUAGAUAAUAUAUAUAAAAUAUUUUUUCAGUUAAUAUGUAAAAAUUUGUUGAUAAAAAAAAUUUAAAUUAAUUUAAGUCAUUAAUUAUUUACAAUAUUGAAAUAAUUUAAUUAAAGUACUAAAAAAUGGCAAUGAAAAAA